CACUGAUGCUGGUGUGUCUCUCCACGCUACAGUCAAGGUGCUAUUCUGCAUAGAUUAUUUUGGGGCUAGUACAACUUGUGCUUUUGCAAUCUACAGUAGUAAUGUUGACCGCCAUGUGCUGGCUACUGGUUGGAUGUUGUGGGCUCGCCUUUGUGAACCUCUCAGUGGCUUUAAACAGCCCCCUACAGGUCACCCAGAAGCCUCGUUUCUAUGGGGUGAAGACCAAUCGCACUGUGGCCAUAUUCUGUGUGGUGUCGGACCGAAACCAGCCUGCCACGGCGGAAUGGUACAAGGCCUCAGAAUACAACACCACUGGGAAGAAGAUAGAGGGGGACCGGGUCACUGUGAGGCAGAAGAGCAUGUUACAAAACGCCUCGAUCGAACUCAGACAUGUAGAGACGGAGGACACCGGAUUUUACUUUUGUCUGAUUAACAACAUCACCUGGGGGCCAGGGACAGAGCUACAAGUGCUCAGACCCUCUAACAGUAAAAAUGCAGAAAGGAGAAGCAAGCUGAAGGAUGCUUUGAUAUUUCUCCAGGCGUUACUCUUAACGCUGUUUGCUCUUGCCCCACUGCUACGCCACCAAACCCUGUUGAAAAAGGAAGAUGCCAUUUAUGAAGAACCUGAACAUGAUCACAUCUAUGAGGGCUUGGAGAUCGAGCAUUGUGGUGAUCUGUAUGAGGACAUCUCAGUGUAUGCUCAGCCUGGGCCAGCAGAGGCUGCUGCAGCUUGGAAACAGGAGUGAGCUGCAUCGGCGCGGAGAUGGCGACUGGGCUCUCCUGUCAUCCACUGCAUCUCAAUGCCUAUCCGCUCUGUAUUCGUUAAGCGUUCAGAGUAGGACUGCUGAUCUAUGAUCUGUUUUUGCCUCAGAUGAAAAUGAAUAGACAAGGGGGAUCUGAUCAAAGAUCUGCAACCCUACUCUGAGAUGCAAUAUGAAUACGGCCCUGGACUCAAAGGCCAAUGUCUCAUCCAUGGUGUUACAGGAUGUAUCUUAUGUUUAGUGAUUUGUUCAGAUGACCACUAUUUCUUCAUGUUAUAGAUCCAUCCAUAUGGGUAAUGUCAUUUUAGAAUACAUGCGCGCGUGUUCUUUUCGAUACCUCCUAUAUAAGAUGCACGUAGAGGAACAGAUUGUUGAUUCCUGUUUUUCUAAUCGCAUGUUUUUCUCUCAUCUCAAAUG